GCAGAGUUCUCUGUGCAUUCAAAAGAGCCAGGGCCCUGGAGGGCCGAUCCUCUUGCAGCUUGGUUUCUUCUUUCCAUACUCUCAGCCACAUGUUCUGCAUCUGUCUAGGUGAUUAAUCAUACUAUGUUUAAGGUCCGUCUUUUGAAGCACCCGAUGUGCCAUGGUAGGAAUUUCGCGGAAUAGAGGUUGCGGGACAUGCAGGAAACGGAAAAUCUUGUGCUCUCAAGAACGGCCUGCGUGUGCACAAUGUAUCAAAUCCAAACGAGUUUGUGCUGGUUAUCGGCUGUGGCCGGUCUUUGUCGACUACGAAGCUCGCAAUCAGCCAGGCCUCAAGUUUCGGCCGCGUCCAACGACCAAAGAUGAUUGUAUCUCGGUCAGGGGUAUGGAGAGACCCGCGACUGAGAUUAUCUCCCAGGAAUCGACACCGACUUGCAAGGAGUUGAGCCAGAGCCCAGAGAUGAAGUUGAUUCAAAUGAACCUUCUGCCGUCCUAUCGACAACAGCUUCUUUGUGAAUACGUCGUUCAAAUCAUUCCUAUGAGCAAGCUUGGUCGGUUGAAAGAGCAUAUGUGGUUUUUGUCGCUGCCCUCUCUGCCUCAUCUAAGCGCUGCAUUGGAAGUAUCGGCCGUCGCUUUGUGUGCGGCAAAGCUAGGGGAUUACAAGCAAGACAAGCGUCUCGCCUUUGAAGGAUCGCGGUUGUACCAUCGAGCCCUCGGGGAAUUGAUCAAAGCAUUAUUCCGGCCCGAGUCGGCGAUGGAUGAUCAAACCUUGGCAGCCUGUGCCCUGCUUACCCAUUACGAAAUGAGCCAGUGUCCUCAGAACUCGGUUCUUGCAUACACGCAGCACAUGUUAGGGUUCCGGAAGUUGGUCCACUUGAGGGGGCCUGAGAGGCAUGCCACUGGCAUGGCACACGAGAUCUUUCUCGUAUUCCGGACCCAAGAGAUCCUCCAUGAUAUCGUGACGGACCAGCUGGGCUUCAUCACUGAACCUGCAUGGCAACAGAUCCCGUGGCAGGGCAGGCGAAAGCCAGCCGAGGAUCGCAUCUGGGAUUUGCUCACCUUGUCUCCAAUUCUGCUCAAUCACCAGCGAGCCUUGGAACAGAUGAGUCUUCAAGACCAGCCUCGUGCUGCCAUGGCUAUUAUCAAACUGUGCUGGGAUUUAGAUGAACAACUGACAGCAAUUUGUAAGGAAGUUCUCGAAGGACAUGAAACUCCACAUUACUGGCCAGUGAAACCCAAGUACACAAGCUACGACGGGAGUAAAGACGGUGACUUAGUGAUGCCCUUGGUAUUCUACUUUGAGGAUUUGGCCGCAGCGAGAUUACACAUCACUCUGUGGACAGCACAAGCACUCUUCUGGCAUACAAUGACAGAACUAUACAAGAGAGUAUCUGCGUUAUUGCGAGCAAAUGCGGCAAUUGAUGUACAAGAGCUGCACCCUAACCUGGAAAACUUUUCAAUACCGGCUGUUGACUCUCCUCGCGCUGAUGACUACCAUCUUCCACCACUCGAACAUCGGUGUGACUUUUUCACACCGGUGUACAACAUUAUUCGCUCUACAGAAUUCUGCCUGCAGGAUGAAUUUUUGGACCUGGGCGCCAAGACGGUGGCUGCACCGCUGAGGUUGGCGAUGGAAACCAUCCGAGGAAUACCAAAAUAUGAAGCAGAGUAUCGAUGGGGGGAUCGAAUGAUGGUUGAGAUUCAAAAUCGAUCGUUGCGCAUGCUCGCGCUCUAUGUACAAGACUGGGAGGCUGUCUCCCCUAGGACACACGUCGCACCACUCGAAUGAAGAAGGGAAAAUAAGACUUGAUCAAAAUCACUAAAGAUUCUAACUGGCA